AUGAAGAGAAAAGUCAACCAAGUGCAUCCAAAUCUUAUUAGAUCUGAAGCCAGGGCGUGUGAUUUCACAAUUCACUGUUAUAAAGGUGAUAUUUUGAAGCUGUAUAACAAAUUAGAGAAUGAUCAAAAGAAAAUUUUGAAUCCCAUCAUGAUUGACAAUCAACCUGAGAUUCAAUGGUUUAUGAGACCUUAUUUGAUCGAUUUCUUGAUUGAAUUGCACAUCUUUUUUGAUUUGUCUCCAGAGACACUGUUUCUGGCCUCCUCCAUCGCAGACAGGUACUGUUCAAAGAGAAUUGUUUAUAAGAGACACUAUCAGCUAUUAAUAGCUACUAGUUUAUGGAUAGCUGCUAAAUAUCAGGAUAAAAAGACAAGAGUUCCAACUUUGAAAGAAUUGCAUUUGCUGUGUUAUCAGAUAUAUGAUCAACAAAUGUUUGUUCAAAUGGAAAAACAUAUUUUGAACACUUUAGAAUGGUCGAUCGGAGGACUUUUCACGAUUCAUGAUAGUUUGAAUCUGGUUCUUUCGACUAAAUGUUUCAAAAAUAUGUUGGAUAAUGAUAAAGAGUUCAAUUCCAUUAGAAUAAAUCAGUUGGUUUUGUUAUCCUCUUUCCUUUUGGACCUCUCGUUGUAUCAAAGGGAUUAUAUGCUAUAUGAUUCAUCUACUAGGACAAUCACCGCAAUCUUGUUGGCAUCACAAAUCCUAGACAUUCAUGACUUCCCAAAAUUUAUUAAUUCAGUCUUACAAACCCCAGCUACUCAUGUUGAUAACGAUAAUUACAAUACUAAUGACCCUGUUGAUGAAAAUACAUUCCCUUUCGAAUUCAUUGCUGGCGAUGAAUAUUAUGCUUCUACAUUCCAUAUCAAUUUAAAAAAUUCUAAUCUUAUCAAGAUCAGGAAAUGUCUCUUGCUUUAUCUAAACGAUUUGUUUGGACAAAAGGACACUAAUCACGGUAAAAGCAGAAGUAGCAAUGUUAACAAUCCAAAUAAUAAUCCUAACAAUAAAGAAAGAAUAUCAAAAGUUCUUUAUAAAAAAUACAAAUUUUUACCUGUAAAAGAUAUGAUAAAUGCAUUCGUUUCAAAAAACAUUGAACUCUAUCUUCAUUUGAAUAAAUUAAUGGAGUCAAGAAACGUGCUCAUUAAAAAUGGAAAUUUCGUUCAACCAUGGGUUAAUGAAUCUAUAAAUAUGUUUGUUGAUUAUUUUUCUGGUUUACAAUCAAUUCAUUAUGAUGAAGAUGACGAAUUUGAUGGAAACAACACAGCGAAUAUUCUUGAACCACCUGCUGCACAGCCAUUCAUAAGCACAAUAGAAGAAGACAUACAAAACAACACUAUAACGCCUCUACCAGUCUUAAUGCGUUCUGCCUCAAGUAUUUCUACAAUUGGUAAAACAAAUCCAAGCUCUGCCGUGUCAUCUAGAAGCUCAUCUGUAUUUUCUCAAUCUGCUUUCAGGUCUGAUUCACCUCAAUUCAUUGAUACUAUAACGCCUCUGUCAGCUACGAUGCCCGUCAAUCCAAACUUUAUGAAGUCAAAAAAACGCCUAUCUGUGGGCUCAUUUUGGAAUCCAAGCAACGGCAAUAUGUUUGUAAAUUUUAACCCAACAUUUGGGAAUGGCAGCAUAAAUAAUGUGAAUAACGAUCUUUCCAUUCCACCAACUCCAGUUUUUACAAAGCAUAAGCCAACACUCUCAUUUACGAAUUCUACCAGUUCAUUAUCCAACCAAUCUCCGGUUCUUUCUGCUACUUGGAAUAACAACUCACACAGUAAUAUAUAUUCAUUAAGGACAAACUCAAUUACAAAAACUAACAGGCAAAGAUAA